AUGUCAGGGCCAAUAUAUCCGAAUGCAUCUAGGACGGGAUUUCCGCAGGCGCCCAUGAAUGGAAACUACAACAUGCCGUCUGCUUUUCAGCAAUACUCGGGCACUUCAUCGGUUGCGCAAAUUCCACCGCCAUCAUCUUUUGGUGUGGCAAGCAGCAGCUACAUGGGCCCUACGCCGAGCCAAAUUCCUUCAUCACAGCCUCAAUUCAAUGGGAUUUCUAACCAAUUUCCGACGGCAAACGCUUAUAAUCCGCAGCCUCAACAGUUCAAUAAUCCGAGGCCAAAUCCAAAUCCAAUUGCAAAUGCGGGUAGCGUCUUUCCCACCUUUCAACCUCCAAUAAAUACAACGCUUCCACCCACGUUUGAUCAACCCAAUCACGGACAAAUGAUACCGGCUUCAAAUCCAUUGCCAAUACCGCCAUCCAGCGGAUUCCCUCAGACGUCGAUUGCCAACAAUCCUUCUGCAUUCCCAAAUGCGCCGAUGCAACAGCCGCCUACGAGCGUUCCAUAUAAAUCGAAUGGCUAUGCUUCGGUUCCAAGUGUCACUUCGGCUGCUACUGUCGGAUAUAACAAUGCGAAUUUUCAUAUGCAAGCGCAAAACACAGCUCAGCCGGCUGCCCAAUAUUCAAGCUAUGGCCAACCAGCCACUCAAAUGAACAAUGUACAACAAGGCUUUCAAAAUAUGGUUGUUUCCGGUCAAUCAUUUGAUGUAGUUGAUGUUAUGGCUGAACGUCAUAUUAUCGCAAGUGGAUGUGAAGAUAUUGAGUAUGCUUUACCUUCUACUCUGGCCAACAAUGAAGCUCGGAUGGAUUCAAGCGUUUUCCGCAGCACAUUAAAUGCUAUUCCUCAAAACGAGGAGCUGCUCAAGAAGAGUCGUUUGCCUUUUGGACUGACCUUGCAUCCAUUCAGGGACUUGAAGAACCUCAACGUGAUUCAAACGUCGUCGAUUGUUCGUUGUCGAUAUUGUCGCACCUACAUUAACCCAUACGUGAAUAUUCCAGACAAUCGCCAUUGGAAAUGUAAUUUAUGCGGACGGUCUAAUGAUUUACCCGAUGAUUUUUGUUGGGAUCCGGUAACAAAAUCUUUUGGAGAUCCGAGAAUGCGCCCCGAAGUUCGUAAUUCGACCGUUGAAUUCAUUGCUCCUCAAGAAUACACGCUUCGUCCACCUCAAGAAUGUUUGUAUGCGUUUGUUCUUGAUAUCAGCGUUCCUGCUUUAGAAAGCGGCUAUCUACAUGUGUUGUGUGAACAAUUGUUGAUUAACCUUGAUCAGCUUCCAGGAGAUGAAAGAACAUUGGUAUGCUUCAUUGGUGUGGACAGUUCGAUACAUUUCUUCCAAUUUGAUUCACCUACUCGUCCACCUAAACAGUUGAUCAUGGAUGACAUUGAAGAAGCCUUUGUUCCUACAAAUGUUGGGCUCCUGGUUAACCUGCAUAAGUACAAGGAGACUGUUCGCUCUUUCAUCAAACAGUUGCCGUCUCUCUUCGAUGUUCCGAAAGCUCCUACUCAAACUGGAGUUUUCAAUUGUCUGGGAGCGGCGCUUAAUAUACUUCAUGAAAUUAUUGCGGAUAUUGGUGGACGAAUAAGUGUUUUUCAAUGCGUUUUGCCAUCUUUGGGGCCUGGUCGGUUGGAAAGCAGAGAGGAUCCAAACAACAGAGCUGCAGAGGACGUUCAAAAUCUUGGACCUGCUUCCGACUUCUAUAAGCGACUGGCUCUUGAAUGCACUGGCCAUCAGAUCUGCCUGGAUCUUUUCCUUUUAAAUUCGCAGUAUGCUGACCUUGCCACUCUUUCGGAAAUCGGAAAGUUCAGCAGCGGAAGUGUAUUUCAUUUCCCAAAUUUCAAUUAUUACAACGAGACACUCCAGACAAAACGUUUCGAACGUAUCAUCAGCCGGUAUCUGACACGAAAACUUGGGCUCGAAGCUGUCCUACGAAUUCGUUGCUCACGAGGCUUAGCUAUUUCAACCUUUUAUGGAAAUUUCUUUGUGCGAUCAACGGACCUUCUUUCUUUGGCAAAUGUCAAUCCGGACUCAGCUAUUGCCGUACAAAUCAACUAUGAAGAGAAACUUCAAGGCACUUUCGCUUCCUUUCAAGCUGCUCUCCUUUAUACUUCCAGUAAAGGAGACCGACGUAUUCGUGUACACACCAUGUGUUUACCGGUAGUUUCGGAUCUGACAACGGUUUAUGCAAAUUUUGAUGUAAAAGCUGCUACUUCUCUCAUCUCAAAAAUGGGUGCGGAUCGCUGCUUAUCUGGCAACCCACUUACUGAUGCACGGGAAGCGACUAUCAAUGCUGUUGUUGAUGCUUUGUUGGCGUAUCGAAAGUCAAUAGGAACGGGCCGUCCCGGAAUCGCUUGCCCUCGUGCUGGCCAUAUAAGAUUGUUUCCUUUGUUUGCACUGGCAAUGCUGAAACAUACUUCGUUUUCUUCCGGCCGAAGUGUGCGACUUGAUGAUAGGGCAGCUGCUAUGUUGAUGUUAAGAUUUUCUCCACUGGAACAAAUUUUAUCUGAGAUUUACGCCCAACUCUAUUCACUGACAGAUUUGAAAAUGUUGCCCGAAGGAGAAUAUCCCAGAUCUUUGCCGCUCAGCUUCGAACAUGUUUCACGAAAUGGAGUAUAUCUUCUUGAAGCUGGGACUUACACGUAUAUCUAUGUGCCUCAAGAUGCUGAUCCUGUGUUUUUGCAAGAGGUAUUUGGUGCAUCAUACCACCAGCUUGAUGAUACUCGGCUCAAAGAAUUGGAUACGGAUUUAUCCCGCAAAGUGCACGCCUUUAUCCGUCACAUUUCUCAUCUCAAGUUUUACUUGGCGCCACCAACUAUUGUUAGAGAGGAUUCUCCAAUGCGUGAAGCUUUUGUGCGUCGAUUGGUGGAGGACAGGACAGACUCGUCUUUCAGCUACCACGAAUUCCUAAAGCACAUUCAACAAGAGAUUAAGGGA